AUGACGAAAUCAUUAGCAGCAGCAACUUACGAAGUUCCUGAUGUGAAGCUUGAAGAAGAAGAAGAAGUUGGUGGUGGACAUGUUGAUAUUCCAAAAGACAUAAUUUUUACCAUACUUGCGGAGCUUCCGGAUGAGAUUUACAUCAUGGUCCAAUUUCCGGAUUCUUAUAAGGCUCUCCUAGUGUUCUCGGUUGGCGAGGAAAGAUUUAGAUUUAUACAUUUCCCGAAACAAGACACAGAUGCUAAAUAUGGAUUCAAGUGGUCUGUAAUUGAGGUAAGGGAAUGGGUAGCUUUAAUGAAGAUGCACCAAGGCAUAGAUAUAUGGAGAUUGAUCAUCAAUAAUGCUGAUAAUCAUAGUGAAGAAGAAUGUUGGGAGAAAAUUAGUAUUCCGACCUACCCAAAAUUUGUGGAACCCUCACAAGAAAGAUUACAACUUGAUGUAGGUUGUGCAAUUAAUAGCAGGGAGAAUCUUGUUCAAUUGAUGGAGCUGGAGGAGGAGGGCAAAACGUAUUGCUACUGUUGGGACAUUAAAGAAGGCAAGUUCAGAAAGAAUCCGAAGCUCAACUACUUCACUGGUCAUGUGUAUCGUGAAAUCUAUUCCAAACAUGUCGAAACUUUAUUCGAUCCUGCUGUCCGGCCAAAAUCAUCACAAGGGUGA